CCAGAUCUAGAUAUGAGGCGUGUAAAAUUGCGGUGGAUUUGUCAGCUUAAUAAUUGAAACUGUGAAGCUCGAAAGGUAAGAAUGUGGCCCAAUUUCUCCUCAUACUCAUAUAUCUGUUCAAAAACCAGAAUAGCCGUUACAAACUAUCUUUCAUUCAUCGCCAUCUCGCAGAGUAAUCUGAAAGUCAAAGUCAAGGCAAUCAAAAAUGGCAGGAAUCCAGACUUCCACUGUUCAAAUGGACGAUGGAGUCCAUCUGCAUGUCAAACUAAUGGGAAAUGAUGAAAAAAGACCGAAACCACUCCUCAUCGCAGUCCAUGCCGCUCCGGGCCUCGUUACGCUAGCAGAACCCGAAGCUGCUUUUGCCUUCCUUUCGGAUAACUUCCGAGUCCUAGUAUUUGAUGGUCGAGGAAGUGGUGAGUCCGAUAUCACGGGAUCAUACACUCAUGAUCGCUGGAUCAGGGAUAUUGACAACUUGAGGCGCUGGGCAGGGGCAGAAAAGUUUGUUCUUGCAGGACACUCCUACGGAGGUACGAUCUGCCUCGACUAUGCCGUUCGACACGGUGACAGAUUAUCCGGCUUGAUACUUCGAAACACUUGGACACACGGAAUCCAAUUGAUGAUGACGGCACUAGCAGCUGUUUUGACAGAUCCGAGGCUCAAGGUUGAUGUUGCACGUCAACUCAGAGUGUGGACAGGUGCUUUGCGAGACGAUCGUGACUACGAGGAAGCAAUGCCGGAGAUCUUGCCAAUUUACUCUCCACCGGGGGAUAGUUCGAGCCAAAUGCUGCAAUUUGCAGCAUACCACUCAGCCACGCAGAAUUUUGCUUUCAACCAUAACAUGCCACGCUUCGAUGUACGACAUCAACUUAAGGAUAUCAAGGUUCCUACGUUGGUCAUUGUUGGACGUCAUGACCUCAUUACACCGGUGGUAUUCAGUGAAGAGAUAGCAAGGAGUAUUCCAGAUUCAAGUUUGGCAAUCUUCGAGCAUUCAGGGCAUAACCCAGCUGGCGACGAGUCACAGAAGUUCCAAAAGACAGUAUUAGAGUUUUUAACAACUUCAGUUCUGUAAUUGGUGAAGUAUGAUAACGACUGAAGCUCAACCUCGGCACAGGGGACAGAGGGCAUAUAGCACCAAAACUUGUUCGGGCACUUGCCGGUCUUUCUCAAUGUAAACCUUUUAAAG